UUGAGGUUGUUUUGAUAAUUGUUAUUUUUGUUGAAAAUACUUGCAUAUAUUUUAAUAAAUAAUGUGUUAUGAUGAUAACACAGUUCAAUGUGUUGCGUGUUUACAAUUAAGUGAAAUAUCUGUUACAACUGUGCGACAAAAGGAAAGUCUUCGUUAUGGAUAAUAUAACACAGAAACUGUCGCAGUAUUUUGGACACAGAAAGUUUAAAAGUGAACUUCAAGAACGUGCAGUAAGGGCAGUAGCUAGAGGAGUCCAUGAUGUGUAUGUGUCCAUGCCUACGGGGUCGGGCAAGUCCCUGUGCUUCCAGCUGCCCGCCAUGCUGCAGGACAACAAGGUGGCUAUUGUGUUCUCACCACUGCUGGCCCUGAUCAAGGACCAGAUAGACCACCUCACUAAAAUCAAAAUCACUGCAGAAUCAAUCAACUCUAAAAUGACUGGCAAAGAUAGAGAGAGGGUCCUGAAUGAUUUAAGAAGUAUGAAGCCAAACACUAGGUUCCUUUAUGUAACGCCCGAGCAGGCUGCUACAGGAACUUUCAAAUCAUUGAUGGAGCAUCUCAUUAAGUAUAAGAAGAUCUCAUAUGUAGUUGUUGAUGAAGCUCAUUGCGUCAGUGAAUGGGGUCAUGACUUCCGACCAGACUAUUUGAAGCUAGGAGAUCUGAGGGAGAAAUAUAAAUCUGUGACAUGGGUCGCUCUCACUGCUACAGCAAGUUCGGAAGUCACUAAAGACAUAAUGGCGAAUCUCAAGCUUCUGACCCCUGUAGCACAGUUCAAGACACCUAGUUUUAGGAAGAAUUUAUUUUAUGAUGUUGUUUAUCAAAAUUGUAUAGAUGAUGAAAUUGGACAUUUAAUGGAAUUUUUAAAGAAGAGUUUAAAGGAAGAUGAAAAUGUUAAGCCAAAAGACAAAAAUGCUGUUAUUGUUUACUGUAGAACUCGUGAUCAAACUGAGGAAAUAUCAAAUAUGCUGAACAAAAGAGGUUUACCAUCACUGGCAUAUCAUGGUGGUAUGAAAUCCGCGGAUCGCGUGACGGUACAAGAGCGCUGGUCGCGCGGCGAAGUGCCAUGCGUAUGCGCCACUGUCUCCUUCGGCAUGGGCGUGGACAAGGCGACCGUCCGAGCUGUGGCGCACUGGGGACUGGCGCAGAACGUCGCGGCCUACUAUCAGGAAUCCGGUCGAGCCGGCCGCGACGGCAAGCCAGCAUUCUGCCGAGUCUACUACUGCCGCUCGGAGCGCAAUGCUGUCGACUUCUUGCUCAAAACGGAGCUCGGGCGCGCCAAGACGCCCGAACAGAAGCAGCGCUGCAAGAACGCGUAUAAGAGCUUCGAGAUCAUGGUCAAAUACUGUGAGGAAAUCAGAUGUCGGCACAAAACGUUUGCGGACUUCUUUGGCGAGGAAGCGCCCAAAUGCGUGGACCGUUGCGACGUCUGCGCCGACGAGCGAGCGGUCAGGCGAGCGCUCGACCAACACCAGAGACGAGCCAUGUCAGCACGGUUACAAGGGGGGCUGGUGUCUAACGUCGACCCUGCGCAGCUGUACGGGGAGGGGCGGUACGGGCAGAUGAGGGAAGCGGAGGCAUACGGCGCCGACGACAGCGGCUCGGACGGCGAGGACAGCCGCCGCCGCGUCGCGCAGGAGACGCGCUCGCUCAUACUCGAGGAGUUCGCCAAGAGGAAGAAGAGCACGGAGAGAGACAGGAGGAAGGACAAGGGCGGCGACGAGCAGGCGGCUAAAUACUCCGCGUGCAGGGCUUCCGAGAGCACGGGCACCAAGGUGAACGGGCUAACAGUGGCCACCCGCGAGAGCUACUUGUCCCUAGUGAAAGAUGCGCUAAACAACAACAUGGCGGCCAUGAAAGGGAUAGAAGAUCCGGUACACCCUCUCACUCGCACCGACGUGGAGCAGUGCGCGGCUGACUUGGAGUAUGAGGCGUUCUGCGGCAGCACUGUCAUUAGCCUGUACCGCCGCGCUGUGCUGAAAACGAUAUCUUCGAUAAAAUCUUACGACGAUGGUCUCUAUCCAGCGCUCAAAACCUAUGAGCCGAAAAAACGUAAUACUCUCAGAGAAUUCGUCAACGAGUUCGAACAAUCGAAGAAGGGGAAGGGGAAAACUAACAUGGGCGGCUUCGUCACAGCGGCCGAGCUAGAAAUGGAAUCAAAAAAUGAAGAAAGAGUUCUUUCUAAAGCAGACAAGGAGACACAACGUAAAGCGAACUCGUUCAAAAGAGACCCGCUUCAGCAAACUAAAUUGCAGAGCUUCUUUAGGAAAGCCUCUCAAAUAUCUCCAAAGAAUACUCCAGAUGAUAGUGAGGAUGACGGACUCUUUAUAGACGAUAGCAAAAGUCCGAGUGAGGACGCGCUGAAAGAAGACACUAACGAUGUAGAAACUAAACAGGCAGAUGAUAUCCAUAACGACACUACUUUAAAGAUAGAAAAUAAUUCCGAACCUGAAAACAAUAUUGAAACCAUUGAUGAUUCUAAAAAUGACUCAAAAGAAGAUUCCGAAACGAAGACUUUUGUGAUUAAUAUUACGUUACAAGGUGUGCCCAGUAAAGAUAAACAUAGCACCAAAAGCAAAAAAGAAUCGAAGCAUUCUAGAAGCGAUAACCAUAAGAAAGAGUCAGAACGACACAAGUCUGAUAGAAAACAUAAGGAGCAUAAACACAACAAAUCAAAUGAAAAUAAAUCACCAAGCAAGUCACCGAAACAAGCUAAAAGAAAAAUUAAAGACUUGUUUGGGGAAUCAUCUGAAAGUGAUGGAGAAAAACCAGAAGUUAAAAAAGUUAAAACGGAAGAUAAAAAACGAAUAAAAAGCAAAAAGCACGACGAUAAGAAACAUCACAAAAAGACUGAGCAUUCACAUGAAAAGAAAUCAGAAGAAACAAUUACUCAAAAAGAACAACAAAACAAACCUGAAGCGACGUCCGUCGCGGAAGAGAAUAAUUCAGGUAGCGAGUCUGAAAAAGAGUUAGUUAUAGACGAGCAACUUGAAACUAACAACAAGAAUGAACCAGAAAACAGCAUCGAAAAUACUUCCUCCGAGCAAUCUCAUAAUUCGUCAGCAGCCAGCUCUAAUCCAGUGGAAGCGAGCGAGGAAGACGCAAAGUUGGACAAAGCGCAUCAGCUCAGCAAAGAAGCCGAUAAAGUGUUACAAGCGCUGAAAAUGUUCUCAGAAAAUCCGCCAGAACCAGUAGUCAUAGAAAAGCCUGUAGAAAAAGAGAAGCCUAAAGAUAUAAUCUCUCCUAAGUCAUCACAUAAGCAUAAAAGUGAUCAUCACUCUAAAGAUAGAAGUAAGUUAAGUUUAAGACGUAAAUCUAAAGAGCAUAAGGAACAUAGGGAUAGGCAUAAGGAGAAAAAACAUAAAGUUGAGAAGAUUGUAAAGGAGGAGAAGAAAGCUGAGAAGGUGGAUGUGGCGGGGCUGGUGGUGAAGUUGCUGAUGCCGUAUUACAAGCGCAAGAAGAUCGACAACCGCGACCUGUUCAAGGUCACGGCGCGCCACAUCGUGCACCAGCUGCUCGCCAUUCAAGUCACCGAGGAAGCAGCUAUCGACAUGUUACUCAAGAAAGCGUUCAGUAAAGAAAUAAAAAUCGAGAAUGAAAGCGACCUCGCGGUGAAGCUGAACCUUAGCCAAUGACAGUUUCUCUUUUAUUUAUAUAAUAUUUACAUUAUUUAUAUUUGUUGUUGCGGUUGUGUGAUUAUACCCUACAUAAUAAAUUAAUUUCAUGGUCAAAUGCAUGAUACGCAAUAUCUUGUUGUAAAUAAGCUUAAUACAGCUAUUUUAUUGUUAUAACAAAUAGUUUGAUUGAUCAAAUCACGAUUAAAACCACUAAAAUAGUCAACUAAUUUCAUUUGAAAUAU